UCUAUCUCUCUUUCUCUCUCACCUCUCAUACUUAUGAACUAAAAGAUUUCUCUGAAAGCUGACUUCAAAAGCUUUUUUUAUAAAAAAAGUUCUCAAGAAAACAUACAAAAACUGAUCGAUCUUUAUAGUAAUUGUUCUAUUCAUAACAAUAUAUGAUGGGGAGACAUUCAUGUUGUUACAAACAGAAGCUGAGGAAAGGACUUUGGUCUCCUGAAGAAGAUGAGAAGCUUCUUCGUUACAUCACUAAGUAUGGUCAUGGCUGCUGGAGCUCUGUCCCUAAACAAGCUGGUUUGCAGAGAUGUGGCAAAAGCUGUAGAUUAAGAUGGAUAAAUUACUUAAGACCUGAUUUGAAGCGAGGAGCAUUUUCUCAAGAUGAAGAGAAUCUCAUUAUUGAACUUCAUGCCGUUCUUGGCAAUAGGUGGUCUCAGAUAGCUGCACAGCUCCCUGGUAGAACCGACAAUGAAAUCAAGAAUCUGUGGAAUUCUUGCUUGAAGAAGAAAUUGAGGCUGAGAGGGAUCGACCCGGUUACACACAAGCUCUUAACCGAAAUCGAAUCCGGUACAGAUGACAAACCAAAACCGGUCGAGAAGAGUCAACAACAGACCUACUACCACCUAGUUGAGACUGAAGGCUCCUCUAGCACCACCACUUGCAGUACUACUACUAACCAAAACAACAACAACAACAACAAUACUGAUCAUCUAUAUACCGGAAAUUUCGGUUUUCAACGGUUAAGUAUAGAAAACGGUUCAAGAACCGCAACCGGUUCAGACCUCGGAAUCUGGAUUCCCCAAACCGGAAGAAACCACCAUCAUGUCGAUGAAAACGUCCCUAGUGCAGUGGUGCUACCCGGUUCAAUGUUCUCAUCCGGUUUAACCGGGUACAGAUCCUCAAAUCUUGGUUUAAUCGAAUUGGAGAACUCAUUCUCAACCGGGCCAAUGAUGACAGAGCAGCAGCAAAUUCAGGAGAGUAACUACAACAACAACAACAGUUCAGCAUUUUUUGGAGCUGGGAAUGUGAAUUGGGGAUUAACAAUGGAUGAAAAUCAAAUUCCAUUCGCAAUAUCGAAUCAUUCAAAUUCUUCGUUAUAUAGUGAUAUCAAAUCGGAGACCAAUUUUUUCGGUACAGAGGCAACAAAUGUUGGUAUGUGGCCAAUUUGUAACCAGCUUCAAGCUCAGCAACAUGCAUAUGGUCAUAUAUAAAAUCUUCUUUGUAUAUUAUAAGGUGUGUAAAUCUUCUUUUCUCUUCUUCUUCUUUUUUUGUUUUUUUUUUCUUUUUGUUGAAGUGGCUUGUGUAUAUAAAGUUUGUGUUAUAUAUCAUUUAAUUUAACAGUAUUGUUUUUUUUUUACA